AUGACCACUCAAGGUAAAUCAGUCUUCUUCACCGGUGCAACCGGAUACAUCGGAGGAACAGUCUUGGAAUACAUCAUCAGAGCUCCUCAACCACCUUCACUCAUCACAUUAUUGAUUCGAGACGAAUCCAAAUCAUCCAAGUUUGAAUCACUCGAUCUAGCCAAAGAGAAGGGAGUUGAGAUCAAAACUCUCGUAGGAUCAUUGGAAGAUUCUGAUAAAUUGACCAAAGCCGCUUCUGAACAUGACAUCACUAUCCACACCGCAGAUGCGGAUAAUUUAGACGGUGUCAAAGCUAUCUUGAAAGGACAAAAGCAAAGAAAAGAUAAGACCGGUCACAGACCGUUAUUGAUUGAAACUUCUGGUACAGGUGUCCUGGUUGAUGAUGCGAAGGGAGCUUAUCCAAAUGAUAUUAUCUACACCGACCUCAACCCAACACCCGCCACUCGAGAUUCACCAGCGUUACGAUCAAUGACAGAAUUACCACCUUCUGCUCCUCAUCGAGACGUAGAUCUCGAAAUUGUUGAAGCUGAUAAAGCCGGUACAAUCAAAUCAUACAUUGUCUUACCUUCAACCAUUUGGGGUAAAGGUGAAGGUGAAGUAUAUGAUAAAGGUUUGAGCAACUCUUUCUCCGAUCAAAUUCCUACUUUAAUCAAAGCUGGAUUGGAUCGAGGUAGAGCAGGUGUAAUUGGUGAAGGUAAAAAUAUCUGGCCUCAUGUAAAAAUAACAGAUCUUGGCCAAUUGUAUCAAUUACUAUAUACCAAGGCUACCGAAACCAAACCAACAAUCGGACAUGGUUUAUCUGGAUACUACUUUGGUAUCUCAGGUGAAUAUACAUUAUUCGGUGCUACCUCAAGAAUAGGUCAAGCUUUAGUGAAGAACAAUUUGGUCGAAUCAAAAGAAACUACACCAUCAACUUUCACAGAGGAAGACUUGAAAAAAUACUAUAAUGGCUCAACCUAUAUGGGAACUAACUCAAGAGGUGUAGCAGACAGAUCAAAAUCAAUUGGAUGGAAACCUAAAUAUUCAACACAAGGUGAUUUAUACGCUCAUAUCGAUGAAGAAACUGUUAGAGUCGAAAAGGAGUUUGGAAAGGAGUACAAAAUGAAAAAGUUCACUUCGUCUUAUUAA